AUGAUAAAAAGAGUGACUAUAUCUGAUAAAGCUCUUGAAGCAUCAUUUAAAGUCGCAGAACUGAUUGCUAAAAAUAUGAACUCUCAUGUUAUUGGCGAAAAAUUAAUACGACCUGCCUGUUUAGUUAUGGUUGAAACAAUCCGCCGAAUAAAUGAAAUGGCAGAUGAUAUUAAUGACAUUGUUUUAGAAAAAAUUAAAAAUCAAAAAUUAUUUUCAUUACAAAUAGACGAGAGUACUGACAGAACUUCUAAAGCUCAAUUACUAGAUUUUGGCAGAUUUGUUGAUAAUUCUAAUAUUGUUGAGCAGUUUUUAUUUUGUAAAGAAUUAAAGUCAACAACAACAGGGAAAGACAUAUUUGACGUAGUAAAUAAUUUUUUUGAAAAAUCUGGAUUAUCAUUGAAUUAUUGUUGUGGUGUGUGUACUGAUGGAGCUCCGUCUAUAACCGGAAAGUAUAAAGGUUUUGUUACUCUCGCUAAAAUUAAAAAUCCAGCUAUGAUUAUAACACACUGUUUUAUUCAUCGAGAAGCUCUGGUUGCAAAAACAUUAGGAGAAAAAAUGUUAAAAGUCUUAAAUGAUGCUAUUAAAAUUGUGAAUUACAUUAAAAACAUUGAAAACAAGGAUUCUUGA